UUUUUUUAUCCAAAAGCAGACGGAACCAAUCACAGAGUAGCCGGAGCAAGAGGGAGAGCCGCCAUGGGGACCGAGAGGAAACCGGAGGCGGAGAAGGAGGCGAUGGAGUGGUGCGUCGCGCUCCCCAAGGUGGAGCUCCACGCCCACCUCAACGGCUCCGUCCGCAACUCCACUCUGCUAGAGCUUGCGAAACAGCUAGGCGACCAAGGACUCAUUGUCUUUGAAGAUUUUAAAGAUGUGAUCAUGAAGAACAGCAGAUCUCUCCCGGAGUGUUUUAAGCUCUUUGAUUUGUUUCAUAUACUUACGACUGACCAUGAUACGGUAACAAGGAUCACCAAGGAGGUUGUGGGAGACUUUGCUGCCGAGAACGUUGUGUAUUUGGAAAUAAGGACUACGCCUAAGAAUAAUGAAGGCAAAGGGAUGACCAAGCGGUCUUACAUGAAUGCUGUUAUUAAAGGUCUUAAAGCUGUUGAGGACGUUGAUGUUAUUUUAUUUGAUUCUAACUUAAGAACUGAUGGGGCAUUAAGUCCUACACCUAUGAGUGAUUUGGCUGGUGACAUGAAGAAAAAGAAGAUAUAUGUUAGGCUCCUUUUAAGCAUUGACCGUCGUGAGACAACUUCGGCAGCAUUGGAUACUGUUAAUUUAGCCAUGGAAAUGAAGGAUCAAGGUGUAGUUGGAAUCGAUCUCUCCGGCAAUCCAGUCGUAGGUGAAUGGGAGACAUACUUGCCUGCUCUAGAGCAUGCUAAAGAGCUGGGAAUUCCCAUCACAAUUCACUGUGGUGAGGUACCAAACAGAAAGGAGAUCCAAGCAGUACUGGACUUCUGCCCUCAAAGGCUGGGUCAUGUCUGCUGCCUGAAUGACGAAGAGUGGAAGAAGCUCAAGUCAUCGAUGAUACCGGUGGAGAUAUGUUUAACCUCCAAUGUUAUGACCGGAGGCACCCCUUCUCUAGAGCUUCAUCACUUUGCUGACCUGUACAACGCGAAGCACCCUCUGUCGGUGUGCACCGACGAUUCUGGACUCUUUUCGACAAGCCUCUCAAAUGAGUAUUACCUCGUCGCAUCCACCUUUGGUCUUAGCAAGUCUGAGCUGUUUCGGCUAGCCCUGGGUGCGGUGGAGUUCGUGUUCGCAGACGAUGAGGUGAAGAAGUCCCUGAGGUUGAUGUUCGAGCGUACGGCGACUGAGGGGCUUGCGAUGUAGGCUCGGUCGGCCCUGCCCGGCAGUGUACUAUUGAUUAAGUUUAUCCGUUCUGUGUAGAUUAGGAGGAGAGGAGACAUUAUAGGGUCAAUCUUUUAUGGUUCAGUUCCCUGGAUGGCGAUUUAAUUUUGUUUCCUGAACCAUAAAAGAUUAGUUCUCCUAGGGGUAAAGCAUAGCGUUAUUACGCAACACAACGUUUGGCAUUAGCAAGGUA